AUGGCUUUCGCAAUGGCAGUGCCUUGGAACGAGGGUGAAGAAAAGAUGCACAAAUUACUCCGCAUUCCUCAUCUCGACAAUCCUACUGUGUCCAUGCUGUCGCCCCAAGCGUCAUUCAUGCUGCAGAAAGGAUCGAUGCUUGCUCUCGGCACCCUGGAUGCAGAAUUUCGUCCUUGGACCACGCUUUGGGGCGGCUCUCCUGGAUUUUCUGAACCGCUUGGUGGUGGCCUCGUUGGCACACGCACGCUUGUUGAUGGGGAAUGGGAUCCAGUGGUGCAGGCACUGGUUGGAGAUGCUGUUGAUGGAGAAAUGCUGCAGCCGAAAGACGGCGGCAAGAUGCUCGCGGCACUAGCGAUCGAUCUGAUGACUAGGAAGAGAGUGAAGCUUGCUGGGAAGAUGGUUGCCGGGACUGUUCAAGAGGUCGAUGUUGAACCAGACAAUGGUAGAAAUGAUUCCCGAGCACCAGCGAAACAGAAGCAGAUCCAGCUCGUCACAAGGAUUGAGCAGAGUCUGGGCAACUGUCCCAAACAUCUCAACCAGUACCAACUCCAGCCCACCAUAGUGGAGGCGAAGAAGCUCUCAGAGGGCCCUUCCUUAACCGCUGAGGCAAAAGCACUGAUAUCUCAGGCGGACAUGUUCUUCCUGACGACGAGUACCGAGCAAGACAUGGAUGUCAAUCAUCGCGGAGGCUCUCCAGGCUUCGUACGCAUCCUAUCUCCCACAGAGAUAGUCUAUCCCGAGUACUCUGGCAACCGCCUGUACCAGUCUCUCGGCAACCUCCAACUAAAUCCCAAAAUUGGCAUAUCCUUCCCAAACUACCAGACUGGUGACGUGCUCUACACAACAGGCACGGCCUCGAUUCUUGUCGGCACCGAAGCAGCAAAACUCUUACCAGGAAGCAAUCUCGCUGUUAAAAUCGACCUGAUAUCAACACGCCAUGUCCAAAACGGGAUACCAUUCCGCGGUACACCGCAUGACCCAAGUCCAUACAACCCGCGCGUCCGUCCUCUCGCCAGCGAAGGAAACAUCAGGUCUAACCUCAGUACUCUCAGCAUCGCCACACUCACCAAAAAAACCCUAAUAACGCCUUCAACAGGCCGCUUCGCUUUCUCCGUCUCGCCCGCCAUCACUUACACGUCUGGGCAAUGGAUUGCGCUUGACUUCAAAGAAGAAUUGGGUAUCGGAUACGAACACAUGCGCGACGACGAUCCGACGAGUCUCAACGACGAUUUUGUGCGCACGUUCACCAUAUCUUCAGCACCAAAUACUAGGGAGAAACAAACAGAGUUCGAAAUUACGAUCAGGAAAGUCGGACCCGUGACCGAAUUUCUGUUCCAGCAGAAUGACCGUGCGGGGUUUGAAGUUCCUGUUCUAGGUGUUGGUGGCGAUUUCACCAUCGCGAACGGAGAUGGAGUUACACCGUUCGUGGCUGGUGGUGUUGGUAUAACACCACUUUUGGGACAUUUGCACAGUCUCGAUGUUUCGCCAGAGAGGUUCACACUCUUCUGGACGCUGAGUUAUCAUGAUAUACAACUUGCUAUGGAUAUACUCAUGCAGUUUCCGCAGCUGGGAAGGGCGACGAAGUUAUUCUUCACUGGCGCGGGUAAUGAGAUCAUUGAGAGGAACUAUGAGGAGCUGAUGAUCCAGCAGGGCGCGCAUGUUUACAUGAGACGUCUGAGGAAGGAGGAUCUGGCUGGCGUCGAUGCGGAGACGUGGUAUUUGUGUGCUGGGCCAGGUCUGAGAGGAGAUGUGCUUGGCUGGUUAGAGGGAAAGAAAGUCGUUUUCGAGGGGUUCGAUUAUUAA